AUGGCUUCAUCAGAAACAACCCCGCUGCUUCAGCAGACAGACACAAAUAAUACCCCUCAGGAUGAAAACGAGGCCGCAGAACCCCGUGGGACCUUCGCCCGCAACCUCAGCGCCCUGGAUGGUUUCGCCCUACUAAUCAGCAUUGUAAUCGGCUCGGGUGUCUUCUCCUCACCCGGCCCCAUUGACGCCAAUGUGCCCUCCCCAGGUGCCGGACUUCUCAUAUGGCUACUCGGCGGAAUUCUAGCCUGGACAGGUGCGCUCAGCAUGGCUGAGCUGGGCACCGCGAUCCCUGGCGAAGGCGGCAUCCAGCCCUACCUGACGCACAUCUUCGGCGAAUUCUGGGGCUACAUGGCGGCAUGGAGCUGGGUUGUUGCGACUAUGCCGGCGACGCUGGCGAUUUUGUGCAUUGUAUUUGUUGAGAGCGUGUACUCGAGUCUCGGGGUGAACAAUCCUGCACCGCCGAUGACGCAUAAGUUGUUGAGUGUGCUGGUGUUGGCGAUUGUCACGGGGCUGAACUCUAUCAGUACGAAGACAAGUACGAGGCUAUCCGGCUUUUUCGUCGCGAUUAAGUUCUUGACAAUCUUCCUACUUAUUGUUGCGGGUUUGGUUGUCGUUAUCAAGUACAGUCUGACGGGUAACGAUGUGGGUGGCGUUGAUUGGAGAAGGGAACAUUGGUUUGCGCCCAGGCGAGACACACCGUAUCCUGAUGGCACACCUGGCCAUUUUGAUUGGAGUAAGGUGUCGACCUGGGAGUCGCUCGGUUUCUACAGUGCAGCUUUGUAUGGAGCGCUAUGGGCGUACUCUGGAUGGGACAAGGCGAACUAUGUUGCUGCUGAACUGCGUAAUCCCAGCAAGCAGUUGCCGUUGUCCAUCAACACAGCCAUUCCCACUAUUAUCUUGUGCUACGUGUCUGCGAACGCGGUGUACUAUAUCCUAUUGCCCUGGAAGCUAGUAUCCACCACGGAUGCUGCUGCAGUGACCGCAGUCAAGCAUCUCCUAGGCACGGGAGGGGCCUAUACCGCUACAGUUCUCAUCUGUCUUGUCAUUGCAGGCUCAGCACUAGGAAAUUCCUUUGUCGUAGGCCGCAUGACCGUAGCAGCAGCGAAUAAGACCUGGUUCCCAUCCGUGUUUGGUACUCUUGGUCAAAUUGGCACGUACAAAGUCACCAAGAGCGUCGAAGCAGAGGAUAGCGCCGAAGAAGCCAUGGACAAGGGAGAGUCACCGAUCAACGCUCUCGUCCUCAAUUUCCUCAUCUCCUCAGUUUACAUUCUCCUCGGCAACAUGCGGAUUCUGCUCACUCUCAAUGGACUCGCUGAGUACGCGUUCUUCUUCCUCACCGUCUUGGGCGCUAUCAUUCUUCGCUUCCGCGAGCCGGAGCUGGACAGGCCUGUGAAACCGUUCAUUCUAAUCCCAAUCUUGUUCGCUCUGAUUAGCGGCUUCGUUGUCAUCAGAGGUGCGGUGUUUGCGCCUGUGCAAGCGGCGAUUUUGAUUGGCAUCUGGAUCCUUGGUGCGGUAUUCUACUUUGUGAGGCGAAGGGUGCUCAACCAAGCGAGCUAA